AACCUUCGAGGGAGAGUGAGGGAGAGCUUAGCUCCUUGUGCUAAAAUCAGGCCUCGGCGUCUCCUGUGCAGCGAAGCAGGAAGGGCCAGCUGAAUAAAGCGCAGGGACGCUGGCAGUGCACCAGUCCUGGCACGAGGCACAGCACAGACAGGUUGUCCUCUCCCAAAUCUUUCCGUCAGCCUGAGCGCAUCCUUGCCAGUCUGCUCUCUGAUUCGCUGCCGUCAGAGACUCUCAUCUCAUUCGUUUGUUUACAUUUUUCUGUUCUGUCUGGACCGUACGUUUUCAGCAGGGAUCGGACCGAGGGAGCAAAGAUGCUGCUUAGGCUGAGCAUGAGACAGGCGGGGGUCGGCCUGCUGGCUGCGCGGAGGCUCUGCUGGCUGCCCCGAGCCGCUCACACCGCUGCCCAGAAGGUGGAGUACAAGCCCAUAAAGAAGGUCAUGGUGGCUAACAGAGGUGAGAUCGCCAUUCGUGUGUUCCGGGCCUGCACAGAGCUGGGUAUCCGCACUGUGGCCGUCUACUCGGAGCAGGACACGGGCCAGAUGCACAGGCAGAAGGCUGACGAGGCCUACCUGAUUGGCAAGGGGCUGACUCCCGUGGCUGCCUAUCUGCACAUCCCUGACAUAAUCAAAGUGGCCAAGGAGAAUAACGUCGACGCCAUCCAUCCCGGCUACGGCUUCCUGUCAGAGCGCUCCGACUUUGCGCAGGCGUGUGCCGAUGCCGGCGUCCGCUUCAUCGGCCCCUCCGCCGAGGUCGUCCGCCAGAUGGGCGACAAAGUGGAGGCUCGCGCCAUUGCCAUCCGCGCAGGUGUGCCAGUGGUCCCAGGGACGAACGCCCCCAUCUCCUCCCUGCAAGAAGCCCAGGAGUUUGCCAACACCUACGGCUUCCCCAUCAUCUUCAAGGCGGCAUACGGGGGUGGGGGCCGAGGAAUGCGGGUAGUGAGGGACUACGAGGAGCUGGAGGAGAACUACCAGCGUGCAUACUCCGAGGCGCUGGCAGCGUUCGGCAACGGUGCCCUCUUCGUGGAGAAGUUCAUCGAGAAGCCAAGACACAUCGAGGUGCAGAUCCUGGGUGACAAAUACGGCAAUGUCAUCCACCUGUACGAGAGGGACUGCUCCAUCCAGAGGAGGCACCAGAAGGUGGUGGAAAUCGCCCCAGCCGCCCAGCUGGACCCACAUUUGAGGGACAGGCUCACCGCCGACUCCGUCAACCUGGCCAAGCAGGUUGGCUAUGAGAAUGCGGGGACUGUGGAGUUCUUGGUGGAUAAACAUGGGAAGCACUACUUCAUCGAGGUCAACUCCCGCCUGCAAGUUGAGCACACCGUCACUGAGGAGAUUACAGAUGUGGAUCUGGUACACGCCCAGCUGCGGGUGUGCGAGGGCCGGAGCUUGCCGGAGUUGGGCCUCAAGCAGGACAAGAUCCGCAUCAAUGGCUGUGCCAUCCAGUGCCGAGUGACCACCGAAGACCCAGCCCGCGGCUUCCAGCCCGACACGGGCCGCUUGGAGGUCUUCCGCAGUGGGGAGGGCAUGGGCAUUCGGCUGGACAGUGCCUCAGCCUUCCAGGGCGCUGUCAUCUCCCCCCACUAUGACUCCCUCCUGGUCAAGGUCAUCGCCAGCGGCAAGGACCUCCAGACAGCAGCCACCAAGAUGAGCCGCGCCCUUGCGGAGUUUCGUGUUCGUGGCGUCAAGACAAACAUCCCGUUCCUGCAGAACGUGCUGAGCAAUGACCAGUUUCUCCACGGCACAGUGGACACCCAGUUCAUCGACGAGAACCAGGAACUGUUCAACCUGAAACCCGUGCAGAACCGGGCCCAGAAGCUGCUGCACUACCUGGGUCACGUGAUGGUGAACGGCCCCACCACCCCCAUUCCGGUGAAGGCCAAGCCGUCCUCCGUGGAUCCUGUCGUCCCACCUGUUCCUCUGGGCGAGCCACCUCUCGGCUUCCGGGAUGUUCUCCUGCGGGAGGGUCCUGAGGGCUUCGCACGGGCAGUGCGGGCCCAUCAGGGUCUGCUCCUCAUGGACACCACCUUCCGCGACGCCCACCAGUCGCUGCUGGCCACACGCGUGCGGACCCAUGACCUCAAGAAGAUCGCACCCUUCGUCGCCCACAACUUCAGCAACCUUUUCAGUGUGGAGAACUGGGGUGGUGCCACCUUUGACGUGGCCAUGCGCUUCCUGUCGGAGUGCCCAUGGCGUCGGCUGCAGGAAUUGCGGGCGCUGAUGCCCAACGUGCCCUUCCAGAUGCUGCUGCGGGGCGCCAACGCCGUGGGCUACACCAACUAUCCCGACAACGCCGUCUACAAGUUCUGCGAGGUGGCCAAGGAGAACGGCAUGGACAUCUUCAGGGUUUUCGACUCCCUCAACUACCUGCCCAACAUGAUCCUGGGCAUGGAGGCGGCCGGGGCGGCGGGGGGCGUGGUGGAGGCGGCCAUCUCCUACACGGGCGACGUGUCAGACCCCAUGCGGCAGAAGUACUCGCUGGAGUACUACCUGAAGCUGGCGGACGAGCUGGUCAAGGCCGGGACACACAUCCUGUCCAUUAAGGACAUGGCCGGGCUCCUGAAACCCGAGGCCAGCCGGCUGCUGAUCGGCGCCCUGCGUGAUCGCUUCCCCGAGCUGCCCAUCCACGUGCACACACACGACACGGCGGGGGCGGGCGUGGCGGCCAUGCUGGCGUGCGCCGAGUCCGGGGCAGACGUUGUGGACGUCGCCGUGGACUCCAUGGCGGGGAUGACGUCGCAGCCCAGCAUGGGGGCCGUCGUGGCCUGCACCCAGGGCACCAAUCUCCACACAGGCAUUUCCCUGGAGAAGGUCUUUGACUACAGCGAGUACUGGGAGGUGGCCCGCGGCCUGUACGCCCCCUUCGAUUGCACGGCCACCAUGAAGUCAGGCAACGCCGACGUCUACGAGAACGAGAUCCCCGGCGGCCAGUACACCAACCUGCACUUCCAGGCCCACAGCAUGGGGCUGGGCCACAAGUUCAAGGAGGUGAAGAAGGCCUACGUGGAGGCCAACAAGCUGCUGGGUGACCUCAUCAAGGUGACACCAUCCUCCAAGAUCGUGGGGGACCUGGCCCAGUUCAUGGUGCAAAACUCCCUCACACGAGAGGAGGUGGAGAAACGGGCGGAUGAGCUGUCCUUCCCACUGUCGGUGGUGGAGUUUUUGCAGGGCUACAUCGGCACCCCCUAUGGUGGCUUCCCCGAGCCCUUCAGGUCCAAGGUACUGAAGUCCCUCCCGCGUGUCGAAGGCCGCCCCGGCACCUCUCUGCCACCUAUGGAUUUCGCCGCCCUAGAGAAGCAGCUGAAGGGGGCACAUGGUGAUGACAUCACCCCAGAGGAUGUGAUGUCAGCAGCCAUGUAUCCUAAAGUCUUCCAGGAGUUCAAGGAGUUCACCUCCAACUUUGGCCCCGUGGACUGCCUCAACACUCGCCUCUUCCUGGACGGGCCUAAGAUUGCUGAGGAGUUUGAGGUGGAGCUGGAACGAGGGAAGACCCUUCACAUCAAAGCCCUUGCGCUGGGGGAUCUGAAUAAGGCUGGUCAGAGGGAGGUGUUCUUCGAGCUCAACGGCCAACUGCGAUCCGUCCUGGUCAAAGAUGCCGUGGCCAUGAAGGAAAUGCAUUUCCACCCCAAGGCCCUGAAGGACGUGCGAGGCCAGGUGGGAGCUCCCAUGCCGGGGAAGGUGGUGGAGGUGAAGGUGAAGGCUGGCCAAAAGGUGGAGAAGGGCCAACCACUCUGUGUGCUCAGCGCCAUGAAGAUGGAGACAGUGGUCAACUCUCCCCUCACUGGCACCAUCGCCAAAAUCUAUGUGACGCCCGACAGCAGUCUGGAGGGUGAUGACCUCAUCUUAGAGAUCACCGAGUAGGCUUGGAAGCAGCCAGUGGGCUGUAGAUAUAAAAUUACUAGAAGUGCUUUCUGCCCAUUCACUGUAAUGGUUCUUAUGUAUGAGUUUUGGGUAAUGGAUGUGAAAUAUAAAAUCUUAGUGUAAAUUAAAUUAUAUGUCUAUAUCUAAGACGGCCUAUGUCUUUGUUCAUGAGAAAAUCUGAUAUGAUUGUGGGACUUAUGCAGCUAUUUAUAACAACUAAGCUAUUCCCAGCAUCUAACCAGACAUUUAAUGAGAACAUGAACAAUGAAAACAAAUAUGGCACAGAAAGUAGAACCCAUCUAGAAAUUUUGUAUCUACGUCAAGGACGUGUGUGUGUGUGUGAUAUUAUCAAUACAGGUAUCUAUACUAUAUAUGAUAUAUGAUUAUAUAUUGUUACCCAAAGCAGAAAUCUGAUCUGCUGUUUCAAGGAAGGGAGGAGAGAAAAACAGAAUUAUUUUUCAGAUGAAUGACUUUAGUUUUUAAAUUAAUGAACAAAUGAGGGUGCAAUUAGCAGGGGCUAAUGAGGGACGGGGUAAGAUGUCUCGCAGCCUUUUAUGCUGUGCCAGUUCUGUUGCGUCCUCACCAUCCCCAGUCACCUUAUUUCAUGCGUAUGUACAACAGAGUAGCCUGGGGCAGGUCUUUCAUGUUGCUGUCCCUCUCGCCAGUGAUUUGCGAUGCUGAAUUUGAUGUUUUGGGGCCUGUUCUCUUUGCGACGGGGGGGAGAAAAUUGCCAUUCCGCCAUUUGUGCCAUGUGUCAGCGUGCGCCUGUGCCACUAAUGAUGGGCACCGCAAGCUGAGGACCUGCAGUGACGUUUUCGUCACAUUACAGGAGAUGAAAAUGAUCUUGUCGAGUCUAGAUUAUUAAACACUUUUUUUAGACAGCAUCACAUUGAGCAUAAGUGCAGGGGCCCUCAUGGAGCACAGAUGAGUCUUGAAUUCUUUAAUAAAGCAAUAAAUGAAUGCGAUUAUAUUAAACUGAGAUCAGAUCAAAACUACAUUACAUCUGACCUAGCCAUGGAAUAUCACUUGAAUAUUAUCACUCUACUGUUAUAUUACCAGGACAUCUUCUUUACAAAUAAUUCAAAUUAUGAUUUAAAUUUUUUUUUAAAGUGGGGGUUAUUGGACAAUCACUUGAUUAUUCCUGCUUAUUGUCAAAGUUGCACGAUUAAUAGGCAGAAAUUCCACAAAACGCAGGCUAACCCCCCCCCCAUCACUGUUAAACUGUAUUCCGGGUCUGUGUUUAGAAGUGUUUUAAACAUUCUUUGCAUCUGUUUAUUAGAUAGAAUAAGUAUUUGAUUUGUUAUGAAAUGUUUUUUUUAUUUUUUUUGUAAAUUAUUACCGAUGGCUAUUUUUACCAGUCGCUUUGUAUAGCGGAAAACGCGUAACAUGGGAGAGAAAAUGAUGCAAAGGUAAUGUGCCGUUAAAUGGCAUUUCUGAGAAAUGGCGAAGAGCACAGAGACACUGUCUCCUUACAUCAUCCCAGUGCAGAAUGAAACAGACUGUAGCUGAUCUGCAGCCAUUCUGCUCUGUGAACUGGGCUCAGACUAAUGCACAAUAAUGUGAAAAUAUUCCAGCCUCUGAAAUGUUUUUUUUUUAAGGUAAAUGCCUCACUGCUAUAGCUUGUAUGGGGUCAAGCGCUUGCGUAAUAUUUUGAGAUGGUUCAGUGCCGAACGACAGCAUGCAAACAUGAGCUGAAGCUGCGUGGUCGAGGUUGAAAGGGUUCAUUGGGUGAGGUUUGUUCAGGGAAUCCUACAGAAACGUCCGGCACGUGCCUACAGUCACUUGUUGGUAAUGGUGUCAGUCUUUAAACAUGACAAUGCUGAUUCAGUUCAUGAAAAUGGAAGAAAUCAAAUCUGGCUUCUUCAGAUCACAUAUGUGUCAUGUGCAAAAUUAGCCAUGAAAACACUGAAUUCUCAGUAAGUACAGUUAUCUGUGAAACAAGAAUCGAUUUAAACCAAAAACAAUAGUAUAAAAUCUGGAUUAUAUAUAAAAAAUAAUAGACUAGCAAUGGUAGUGAUUAUCUUGGAUUAAUAAACUAAUGAGUAGACUUAGAACCAAAAUAUCAUAUAGACCCAUGUUCAGCCGUGUAGAGUUUCUUUAUUAUAGAAAGAUUUUCUCCUUUCUGGUCGGUCCACAUCCUGAAUUGCUGUAGAUGCAAGGCAAUGCUAAGUACAAUGCAGAAAUAAAACACACUGUUUCCAGGGCAAACCUGGAUUUAGAAAUGUCCUUUCAGUGUAAGUCAUAAUGGGCAGAACAGAUGUACCAUAUAACCAAAAUCAGCAGCAACUUAAUUUCUGUGAGCAGAGACAAGGACUUAAACACUUGUGAAGCUGUAGUCUCAGGUGCUAGGUGGUGUGUUUUUCACAUGUGUGUGUGUGUGUGUGUGUGUGUGUGUGUGUGUGUGUGUGUGUGGAGCUGAGAAAAUAGGUGAUUAUUCCAGUUUUAUCCCAGUGCUCGUUAGUAGUGACUAGAAAAAUGUCAAAAGUAAUUAUGAGAAAAAACCUGAAUAAUGACAUAAAUUGACAUAUUUACCGCAAACCAUUUCAGUGGAGCGGGAAAUGUGAAAUGUGUUCUUUGGCAAUUUCCUGAAACAGACUCAAUUUCUUUGAAGCUGUACAUCUGCAGAUAGGAGCAGAGCAGAUUUCAGACCAUUCUUAAUAGUGGUAGCAUUAUAUUUCUAUAUUUGCUCUAUAAGUGCUCGUGUUCAGUGUUAAAUACAUGUGUAAAAAAAAUUUGACCGAGAUAGGUAUCACCUAAAUGAGGUAUUUUGAAUGAUGUGUAUUCAUUAAAGGUCAAUGUUAGCUGUGUGAUCGAAAACUUUACCAUCGCUCUAUUGUAUUUCUUGUUCAUGAAAUCUGAAUUUGUGAGUCUCUCCAUCUGUUUUUUAAAACCAGUUUCUCGAGUGAUUCAGUGCAUUUUCUGUGUUUGGUUAUUCACUCGGUUUUGUGAAAUAUGCAAUAUGAGACAAUCAAUAAGGAAAAUAAAGGACAGGAUGCAGAUUG